AUGCUGGAGAACCCACAAAUGGGCUCUGCUUCUGUGUUGAACCAGAUGGAAAAUGAGGGUAAGAAACUCUCCAAAUGGGAGCUUUGUAAAGUGGUUAAGGAUCUCAGGAAGUUCAGACGUUUCAAGCAUGCUUUAGAGGUCUACGAUUGGAUGAAUAACAGAGGAGAGAAAUACAGAAUGACCACCAGUGACACUGCUAUCCAACUCGAUCUGAUUGCUAAAGUGCAUGGAAUUUCAAGUGCUGAAGAAUACUUCCUGAAGUUGCCGGAUGCCUUGAAGGACAAAAGAAUCUUUGGUGCUCUCUUGAAUGCAUAUGCUGGUGCCAGAAUGAGGGAAAAAGCUGAAUUGUUGAUUGAUAAAAUGAGAAAGAGAGGUUAUGCUUGCGAUGCACUCCCAUUUAAUGUAAUGAUGACACUCUAUAUGGACCUUAAAGAUUACAAUAAGGUCGAGUUAAUGAUCUCGGAAAUGAUAGAGAAAAACAUAUCAUUGGAUAUCUACUCCUAUAAUAUUUGGUUGUCGGCCUGUGGAUCACAAGAAUCUCUUGAAAAAAUGGAACAAGUAUUUGAACGGAUGCAGGGGGACACCACCAUCACUCCCAACUGGACUACUUUCAGCACAAUGGCUACUGUGUACAUCAAGUGUGGGCAGCUAGAAAAGGCUGAAGACUGUAUAAAGAACAUUGAAAGUAGAAUCGUCGGUCGGGAUCGAAUUCCUUAUCAUUAUCUCAUUAGUCUCUACGGUAGUGUUGGUAACAAGAAGGAGGUUCAUCGUGCGUGGAACCUUUACAAGGCUACCUUUCCGAGUAUUCCAAAUUUAGGCUACCAUUCCGUAAUUUCCUCUCUGAAAAGGGCUUUCAGAAAAGCCAAGACUUUCUUUAGCCAAAUGAUUGAAGCAGGAGGAAAACCAAAUUCAACAUCGUGGGAGAUCCUUGCAGAAGACCACAUAAGAGAGAGGAGGAUUUCCGAGGCUCUUUCUUGCUUACAGAAUGCCAUUUUCCCUGAAGUUUCAAAGAGCUGGAGGCCAAAACCUGUGAAUGUCUCUUCGAUUCUCAAGAUUUCUGAGCAAGAAUCCGAUAUGGCUAGCAAGGAUGCCUUAUUUGAGGUCUUGAGGAAAGUGGGCUGUCUUGACGAUGAAGCCUAUAUGUCACGCAUUCGUGCAUAA